AUGUCGGACAAGCUCACACGUAUCGCCAUCGUCAAUAGCGACAAGUGUCGCCCGCGAAAAUGUCGUCAAGAGUGCAAAAAGUCGUGUCCCGUCGUCCGUAGCGGAAAGCUCUGUAUCGAAGUCACUCCCGAGUCUCGCCUCGCCUUCAUCUCCGAGUCGCUCUGCAUCGGUUGUGGUAUCUGCCCCAAGAAGUGCCCCUUCGACGCCAUCACCAUCAUCAACCUGCCCACCAACCUCGAGAGCCAGGUCACCCACCGUUAUGGCCCCAACAGCUUCAAGUUGCAUCGCCUGCCGAUGCCCCGACCGGGACAGGUCCUGGGUCUUGUCGGAACCAACGGUAUUGGCAAGAGUACCGCUCUCAAGAUUCUGAGCGGCAAGCUUAAGCCCAACUUGGGCCGACACGACAACCCCCCCGACUGGGAGGACGUCAUCAAGCACUUCCGUGGCUCCGAGCUGCAGAACUACUUCACCAAGCUUCUGGAGGAUGACCUCAAGGCCGUCGUCAAGCCCCAGUAUGUGGACCAGAUCCCCAAGGCUGUCAGGGGCCCCAAGAAGAGCGUGCGAUUCCUGAUCGAGAGCCGUGCCUCGCUGGGCAACAUGGAAGAGGUCGCCAAUGUCCUGGAGCUGAACCACAUCAUGGACCGAGAUGUCAACCUCCUCUCUGGUGGUGAGCUUCAGCGUUUUGCCAUCGGAACUGUUGCUGUUCAGAAGGCCGAUGUCUACAUGUUCGACGAGCCUUCUUCCUACCUCGAUGUCAAGCAGCGACUGGCUGCUGCCUCGAUCAUUCGCUCUCUCCUCCGAGAUGACGACUACGUCAUUGUCGUCGAGCACGAUCUGUCUGUUCUCGACUACCUCUCCGACUACAUCUGCGUCUUGUACGGUCGCCCCGCUGUUUACGGUGUCGUUACUCUGCCCUACUCGGUCCGUGAGGGUAUCAACAUCUUCCUUGAUGGUCACAUCCCCACUGAGAACUUGCGAUUCCGUGACGAGUCCCUGACUUUCCGUGUCGCCGAGGGUACCGACGAGUUUGCCAUUGACAAGUCCCGCGCCUUCACCUACCCCAAGAUGGAGAAGACUCUUGGAAACUUCAAGCUCAACAUUGACGCUGGUGAUUUCACCGACUCGGAGAUUAUCGUCAUGAUGGGUGAGAAUGGUACCGGAAAGACCACCUUCUGCCGUCUCUUGGCCGGUGCCCUCAAGCCCGACAGCAAGAAGUCGGUGCCUGAGAUGAGAAUCAGCAUGAAGCCCCAGACCAUCACCCCCAAGUUCGAUGGUACUGUUCGCCAGCUCUUCUUCAAGAAGAUCAAGCAGGCCUUCCUGUCUCCUCAGUUUCAGACCGAUGUCGUCAAGCCCCUCAAGCUCGACGACUUUAUUGACCAGGAAGUCAAGAACCUGUCCGGUGGUGAAUUGCAGCGUGUCGCCAUUGUCCUGGCCCUCGGUAUCCCCGCUGAUAUCUACCUGAUCGACGAGCCUUCUGCCUACCUCGAUUCCGAGCAGCGUAUCAUUGCCUCGCGAGUCAUCAAGCGAUACAUCAUGCACUCCAAGAAGACGGCCUUCAUCGUCGAGCACGAUUUCAUCAUGGCUACCUAUCUCGCCGACCGUGUCAUUGUCUUUGACGGUCAGCCCGGUAUCAACUCUCAUGCCAACAAGCCCGAGUCCCUCCUCACCGGCUGCAACACCUUCUUGAAGAACCUCGACGUCACCUUCCGUCGUGAUCCUACCAACUACCGACCUCGUAUCAACAAGAACGGAUCUCAGCUCGACCAGGAGCAGAAGUUGGGUGGCAACUACUUCUUCCUCGAGGAGAAUCCCGAUCAGAGCUAA